AUGAGUAACAACAACACCACUGCUGCCUCCGUCUCCACUGCUGAAAAAUCAUCUGAAGAGAAGGUUGCUGCUGAGACUCCAUUGAAACUCGAACAAGAAUCAGCAUCAACAACAACAUCUGAACAACCACCCACCACUUCUGCUGCACAUGUGGUUACAGAUACCACCACCAACGACACCACUACUACCCAUAACGACUCCACCACCAACGAAACCACGACGGAUCAUCCACCAACCAAUGAUCAUCACAACAACAACAACACCCUGUCAGCGGCUACUUCUCUCAAUGCAGCAACCACUACCACCACCUCAUCGUUGACUUCUAUCGAUACCGAAGAUCAAACCACCUUCUCUGAUACUCGUUUAUCAGUGAGUGGUGAAGCCUCUCAUUUGGACGUUAAUCUUGACUUUACACCUCAUCAGGGAAAUUCCAUCAUCACUACUGAAUCGUCUCAACAACAAGUCAAGGAAUCCUUUGUCAAGAAAGAACCAGUCGUAUUCAUCAAUGAACGUGAUGUCAUUCAAGAAUACAAGAUGAAUGUCAAAUGUGCAGCCAAUGUUCGUGCUUUGGAUCCAACUGGCAUUCUCAAGAAUCAAACCGUGGAAGUUGGAAAAGAUUCUCAAAAUCAUCCCAUUCGAAGACGUGCUGAUUUUAAGGAUUAUUUAGUGGAAGGAUUGGUCGAGAAGGAAGGAGAUGCUAAACAAAUUAACACGGCCUAUGAUUUGUUUCGAUUGGCAGCUGAAAAGUAUCUCAAUCGAGAAUGUUUGGGUGUGAUUACAGAAAUGAAUGUGGAUCCUCACACUGGAAAGAAAACACUCGGAACGAAAUUUGAGACCUUCUCACAAGUAAGAGAAAAGAGUUUGGAUUUGGGAUCUGCUUUGAGAAAUUUGGGUCUUGCUCCUCAUUAUCAUGUUGGUAUUUAUUCAAAGAAUCGACCCGAAUGGCAAAUUACUUCUGAAGCUUGUCAUUCACAGUCAUUGGUCACUAUUGCCCUUUAUGAUACAUUGGGAGAAGAGUCUUCAGUCUAUAUUAUGAAUCAUGGUGAAAUUGUUGCCUUAUGUGUCAGUGGUGAUGAUGUGUUUACAAAAAAUGUGAUGAAAUGGGUCAAUCAAUGUGAAUAUUUGAAAUUUGUCAUCUUGUUCAAAAAUCAUGAAAAUCCAAACUAUGAUCAAGACGUUCAAAAGUGGAAAGAGGAGUUCAAAACCAAAACCAAGGACUCUGUUAAAUUAUUUACCUUUGAAGAGACCUUACAAAUGGGAAGUGGUGAAAAACGUUUGCCUCCCACUCCUCCUCGUUCCAUUGACAUUGCCACCAUCAUGUACACUUCAGGUACAACAGGAAUGCCAAAAGGAGUCAUGCUCACUCAUCUCAACAUUGUUUCCACAGUGGCAGGUGUUCAUUGUAAUCUCAUGAGAAUUAAUGAGACCGAUCGUCUGGUGAGUUAUUUACCGUUGGCUCACAUUUUAGAACGAGUGGCAGAAAUGGCCUUUUUACAAGUGGGUGCAAGUAUUGGUUAUUGGAGAGGUGAUGUGAAAAAACUCAAAGAUGAUAUUGGAAUUAUUCAACCAACACUACUUCCUGCUGUUCCUCGUGUGUUGGAUCGUCUCUACGAUGGAAUUAAUGAUCAAAUCAAACAAAAGAAGAAGAUUGCUCAAAUGAUUUUCAAUAAGGCAUAUUCUCAAAAACUUAAAUAUAUGCAACAAUAUGGUGUGGAAGUGAAAACUCCAAUUUUGGAUGCUCUCGUUUUCAAGAAGGUGAAACAAGCUGUGGGAGGUCGAUUGCGUGGAAUUCUCUCAGGAGGAGCACCUUUGAGAAAGGAAGUUCAGCAAUUUAUUGCAGUAGUGUUUGGAUGUCCUGUGGUUCAGGGAUAUGGAUUGACCGAAACAUGUGCUGGAUCUACCAUUCAAAUUCCAUUGGACUUUUCAACUGGUCACGGAGGUUGUUUAUUGCCAUGUUUGGAAAUCAAAUUGGUAGACGUUCCAGAAAUGAACUAUUCCAACAAGGAUAACAACUCUGGAGAAAUUUGCAUUCGUGGACCAAACAUUUCACUUGGUUAUUACAAGGAGGAAGAGAAAACUCGUGAAGUCUAUGACGAAGAUGGUUGGUUCCACACGGGUGACAUUGGAAGAUGGGAUCCUACAGGAACACUUUCCAUUAUUGACAGAAAGAAGAACAUUUUCAAGCUUGCUCAAGGAGAAUACGUCGCUGCUGAAAACAUUGAAGGCAAACUAAGCAAAGCAAAUUACGUCUCACGUAUUUGGGUUUAUGGAGAUUCCUACAAGACCUUCCUCGUUGGUGUCGUUGCUGUGAAUGGUCUCAAAUUACUCGACUGGGCCAUCACCAAUGGAAAAGUCACUCAUCAAGGAGGAGCUCUCUCCACCAUGUCUGAACAAGAUCAAUUACAAAAUUUAGAGAAAUUAUGUGCAGAUCCAGAAGUCAACAAAGUGAUUCUCAAAGAAUUGGAAAGAGUUGGAAAGGAAAGUAAAUUAUUAGGAUUUGAAAUGGUGAAGGCCAUUAAAUUGAUUCCUCGUGACUUUGAGUUUUAUCCUGGAUGCACAACACCCAAGUUGAGUUUGGUGAGAAACAAGUUGAGAGAUACAUUCCAGAAGGAUAUUGAUGAAAUGUAUGAAAAGACUAAGAUUUAA